AAAAAAUGCAAUUUCAUAAAAAUCUUGCCCGUACAUUGAUUUCAGCCACUGCCAAGAAGGCAGCAACAACAUCGGCACGUAGAGGAGGUGUUUCAAUGAUGGUGGCUUCUGGUACUAUUAAUUCAUCUUCAUGUAAUAAGAAGGUUAAUUUUGGAUCGACUUUGGUGCAUCAAUCGGGUGUUGUUACUUCAUCAAUUAAAAAUUAUCAUACCACAAAUUCUAACAAGAAGGUUGUUCCUUUCUUGUUGGCAGAUAUUGGUGAAGGUAUUACAAAGGUUGAAGUUGUUAAAUGGUUUAUUAAAGAAGGAGACCACAUUGAACAAUUCCAAAAUGUUGCUGAAGUGAUGAGCGACAAGGCAAAUGUUGAAAUUAGUAGUCGUUUUGAUGGUAUUGUUAAGAAGUUGUGUUACAAGGUUGGUGACAUUGCCAAUGUUGGUGCUCCAUUGAUUGAAAUUGAAGUUGCUGAUUCUACUGCCUCUCCAACAGCUAGUACUCCAUCAUCAACAAGCACAACAGAAACUAAAACAACAACAACAACUUCUUCAUCUACUAGUUGUUCUUCAUCAGAUCUUGCUGAAGCAUCAUUCGGAAAGACUUUAACAACACCAGCUGUGAGAAGAAUUGCUCGUGAAAAUAAUAUUGAUUUAACAAAGGUACAAGCUACUGGAAGAAAUGGUAGAGUUUUGAAGGAAGAUGUCUUGUCUUAUUUGGAAAAUCCAACUAAACAUACUGAAAAACAAUCGGAAAAGGUUGCUGCUGUUCCAGAACAAACUACUACUGCAGCUCCAUCUACACCAGUUGUUGGUGAUCGUAGAGAACCUGUCAGAGGACUUAUGCGUACCAUGAUUAAGACUAUGAAUGCUGCUACUAAAGUUCCACACUUUGGAUACAAGGAUGAAGUUUAUGUAGAUAAUUUGAUGACUCUUAGAAAUCAUUUGAAGAAGACAGCCGAAAGACAAGGUGUCAAAUUGAGCUAUAUGCCAUUUAUUAUUAAGGCUGUUUCUUUAGCUCUCAAGGAAUAUCCAGUUUUGAACUCUUCUCUCUCUGAAGACGAAAGUGAAAUUAUUUACAAGGGUGAACAUAAUAUUGGUGUUGCUAUGGAUACACCAAAUGGUUUGUUGGUUCCAAACAUCAAGUCUGUCCAAAAUAAGUCUAUACUCGAGAUUGCUGCUGAAUUGAAUCGUCUUCAAGAAUUGGGCAAGCAAGGAAAGCUUGGUUCUAAUGAUUUGAGAGGUGGUACUUUCACAUUGUCAAACAUUGGUACUAUUGGUGGUACUUAUGCUGAUCCAAUUCUUUCAAUUCCUGAAGUUUGCAUUGGUGCUAUUGGUAUGAUUAAGAAGACUGCCACUUUUGAUUCACACAAUAAUGUUGUUCCAAAACACAUUAUGUACAUGAGUUGGGCUGCUGAUCACCGUGUUGUUGAUGGUGCUACCAUGGCCAGAUUCUCUAACGUGUGGAAGGAAUAUUUGGAAAAUCCAGACAAUUUCAUUGUUGCCCUUAAAUAAAUGAGUUUAUCAAUUUUG